AGCACCCGCGCCGAGAUCCGCUCGAGUGGCCUCUCUCUCUCCCUCCCUCUCUUCCCCGAGGCUAUGUCCACCCGGUGCGGCGAGGGGGGCAGCGCCAGAGGCACGCAGCCGCGCGGGGGCUACGGAGCCCAGAACCAGCCCUACAAGAUGCACUUAGAAACCCCGCGGCUGGAAGAAUGAGCUUGUCCUUCCUCCUCCUCCUCUUCCUCAGCCACCUAAUCCUCAGCGCCUGGGCUCAAGGGGAGAAGCACCUCGCCCCCAAAGGGCAACCCGGACCCGCUGCCGCCGGUCGGAACCCGGGGGGCGCCAGCAGCAGCCGGAGCAGCAGUGGCACGACGUCUUCCUCUUCUUCCUCCGUCUCCUCCUCCCCCGGGGCUUCUCUGGGCAACCAAGGAAGCGGCUUGGAGCAGAGCAGUUUCCAGUGGAGCCCCUCGGGGCGCCGGACCGGCAGCCUCUACUGCAGAGUGGGCAUCGGUUUCCAUCUGCAGAUCUACCCGGAUGGCAAAGUCAAUGGCUCCCAUGAAGCCAAUAUGUUAAGUAUUUUGGAAAUAUUUGCUGUGUCUCAGGGGAUUGUAGGAAUACGAGGAGUUUUCAGCAACAAAUUUUUAGCGAUGUCAAAAAAAGGAAAACUCCAUGCAAGUAAAAUUAGAAUUAGAAAAGUUUAUCUUACAGAUGAAGCAAAAGAUCGAAGCAUUAUGCUUGUAAACCUGUCGAUUGACCAGCUGCUACAUCGUAAAUUAGAAUUUACGUCAUUUGUUCAAAAUCUUGCUGAAGUGGAAAACCAUGGACUGGACGACAACAGCUACCCUGUAGCUGAGUCAUCAGACCUGUCACAGUUAGGAGACCCCGUACGUCGCAAAGCCACUGCCAUUGUUCCUAGUGUGAACUUCGGCAGCCUUUACAGUCUGCUGGGCCACACACAACCGAGCCCACUGGCCCUUCGUAACUAUCCUCUGUGUGAGGGGAAGGUGGUGAAGCCCAUGGGCAAAAUUUUGGUGUCCUAG